GGCGCUGGCGGAUAAGAAAGAGCUGCACUCAGAUUAGCCUGUUGUAGCUGUCCCUUCCCGACAGUAUGAACGUUAAGAGCAUACAAGUUGUCUAAAAAAGAACUUCCGAAUACGGACAGUGUUGAAACGGUGGAAUUUAAGACAUGCCAACAGUGCGGGAUUCCUAAUCUUUCAUUUCUGCAAUUUGUUUUUGUUGUGUCGGUCCCCGUUUCUAAGUGAUGGUUAGCAACGUUUUGGGUUGUGUGUGUGUGUGUACGUGUGUGUGCGUAGUCCGCCCCGCUAGUGUCGGCAGUGUAGGGACAGAAUGUGAGUGUGCGUGUAGCAUCUGAUUGGAGUAGAAGAGUUGUCGAACAGAGACCGGAGAGGGAGGAGGGGAUCAUCUGGAGAGGGGUUUCUGUUUGUGACUCUCAAGCGGCCAUGUUAACCAAGAAACCCUGCGCUACAGUCUACCCGACUGGCAAAGGGGGAGAGGACUGCCAGCUACAAUCAUCCCCCGGAAUUGGUGGGGGUCUCCGGGGCGUAGCAGGGACUGAAGCCACAUCGCCCGUUACACUACCGCCGCUCAGGAACGCCAACUCCCUCACGGUGGGAGGCAAUAAGCACAUGAUGAACGAGCACCUUCACGUGGAGUCCCACCAGCAGAUCCACGUCCAGCAGCUGUACGAGGAGAACAGCAACAAGCGGGCCGUCCUCACCACACAGCCCAAUGGCCUCACCCCGGGGGGCCGUGCAGGGGGCGCGCUCCCCGGGCCUGACCGGCAGACAGACUCCACCCGGCAGGGCAGCUCCACCUCCCUGAAGUCGAUUGACGGCAAGCUCAAACCAUCGGCGCUGUCGCCGGAGCUGGCCAUGAAGCAGCACAUGACCAAGCUGACGGCGUUCGAGCACCACGAGAUCUUCAGCUACCCAGAGGUGUACUUCACCGGUCCCAACGCCAAGAAACGCCCCGGCGUGAUCGGCGGCUCCAACAACGGCGGCUACGACGACGACCAGGGCUCGUACGUCCACGUGCCUCACGACCACGUCUCCUACCGCUACGAGGUGCUGAAGGUGAUCGGCAAGGGGAGCUUCGGCCAGGUGGUGAAGGCGUACGACCACAAGACGCACACCCAUGUGGCGUUGAAGAUGGUGCGCAACGAGAAGCGUUUCCACCGGCAGGCCGCAGAGGAGAUCCGCAUCCUGGAGCACCUGAGGAAACAGGACAAGGACUCGUCCAUGAAUGUCAUCCAUAUGCUGGAGAACUUCACCUUCCGCAACCACAUCUGCAUGACUUUCGAGCUGCUCAGCAUGAACCUGUACGAGCUCAUCAAGAAGAACAAGUUCCAGGGCUUCUCCCUGCCGCUCGUACGCAAGUUCGCCCACUCCAUCCUGCAGUGCCUGGACUCGCUGCACAAGAACCGCAUCAUCCACUGCGACCUUAAGCCGGAGAACAUCCUUCUCAAGCAGCAGGGGCGCAGCGGGAUCAAGGUGAUCGACUUUGGCUCCAGCUGCUACGAGCACCAGCGCGUCUACACCUACAUCCAGUCCCGCUUCUACCGUGCUCCGGAGGUCAUCCUGGGGUCACGCUACGGCAUGCCCAUCGACAUGUGGAGCCUGGGGUGCAUCCUGGCAGAGCUGCUGACCGGCUAUCCCCUGCUGCCGGGGGAGGACGAGGGCGAUCAGCUGGCCUGCAUCAUCGAGCUUCUGGGAAUGCCGUCGCAGAAGCUUCUAGAUUCCUCCAAGAGAGCCAAGAACUUUGUGAGCUCCAAGGGCUACCCCCGGUACUGCACCGUGACCACGCUACCAGACGGCUGCACCGCGCUUAACGGGGGGCGCUCCCGCCGCGGCAAGCUGAGGGGCCCGCCGGCGAGCAAGGAGUGGGUGACGGCCCUCAAGGGCUGUGACGACCCCUUGUUCCUGGACUUCCUGAAGCAGUGCCUGGAGUGGGACUCCGCCCUGAGGAUGACCCCUAGCCAGGCUCUCAGGCACCCCUGGCUCAGACGGCGGCUGCCCAAACCCCCCACAGCCGGGGAGAAACCCCCGGUGAAGAGGGGCACGGAAUGCCCAACCUCCAUCUCCAAGUUACCUCCCACCUCAGGGUCUGCCUCCAAGAUCAGGACUAAUCUGGCCCAGAUGACAGACGCCAACGGGAAUAUCCAGCAGAGGACAGUGUUGCCCAAGCUGGUUAGCUGAGCGCGUUAGCCAGAGGUCCGGCUGGCUCGCUAGCUACCUGCCUGUUUUGCUGUGUCUGGUUACGCGGAGGGUCCUACGGGAAGGGGCGCACAGACUCCAGGGUCAGGGGUUGGAGGUCGUCAUACACAUAUCCACUGCAGCGGGCCUCGACUCAGUAAAACACAAAAAUACACGGAAAUGGCGGCGCAAAGGGAACAGCGCUUUUAGGUUUUUAAUCUCAGGGGUGUGUGUGCAGUGUUCUAGCCUAACCUAGCUUAGCCUAGCCUAGCUUAGCAUCUUUACAAACCUGGCCUUAGCACGCUAGUUUAGCCUGGCGUAACUUAGCAUCCGUACAAACCUGGCCUUAGCACGCUAGCCUAGCCUAUCGUACAUAGGACCUGGCCUUUUUUUAUUAGCCUUAUACAGCACAACGCCCUAGCAGCACGCUAAAGAGCAUAGCUCUGUGCUAUUAGCUCAGCGAGCUAACCGGUGGCAGGCCACGAGUGAAGCCACGUCGACAGGAUCUGUCCCUCAUUGUCUUGCAUACGAUGAGAGAGCAGAUCGAGGCGGAGGGAAGAUUCGAAGGGUCUAAACGAAAAUCGCAAGUUUUUAUGACUGUUAAGAGUUCAAGUUGGCGGAGGGAAACGUGAUAACCAAUGUUUACAUGACAGACAGCGGUAGGUGCCUAUACUGCUCUUGACAUUCCUUAAAAUAACAAUAUUAGGAAAGAGUGGGGGAGGAAGGAGGGAGGGUGGGGGAGGAGGAGGGGGAGGAAGGAAGGAGAGAGAGUGGGGGAGGAAGGAGAGAGAGAGAGAGAGAGAGCAGGUUUGGCUGUCUGGCCUGCUUCCUACUGGACAGAGCUAGCAUGCUAUGUUGUUCUAGAACUUUCUACGUCUGCGGUGGACUUGAUAUGUUGAUAUUUUGUUCUAACUGUUAUUCUGGUGCUAAAACCCUUUCUUAAAAAUAGGCAGGCAGGCAGAUUGUUUGCCAGGGGGAACUGAAAGCAUGGGGCCCGUGUUUCAAGUGGGAAGGUCAUGUUGGACACGUUGGUGCUUGAGUUGAGGUCGGUUUAUUCCUUCAUGAGGAUGAUGUAGGUAGAAACACAUAAUCUGGGUCUGG